AUGACACAAAAGCUUCUUUUGGCGGAAGGCCUUGACCUUUUACGCCGCACGGAGGCCCGGGAGUACGAGGUCGACCGCAUCCAGGCCCGUAUCUGUUCAAGCAGCAAGUACCGUCAUGAGCUUCUGCGCCUCGUCCAGGCGUACAACACCGUCUACCACGACUACCUACGCGCGGUGGAGAUUAUUAAUUAUGUACGUCGCACCGCCGCGAGUAACAAUGACCCGAGGGAUGAAAAACUUAUCGAGAUGUGUGAGGGGAAAAUGAGGGCUUACAUGGACCGCUGCGAAGUUGUGCGCAAGAAGGAAGACAACAUCCUUCUUCCCAUUGAGCAAAUGAAUCAGGACUGGACAAGUGAUGACUUUUUGCUGGGGUCCCCUGUGUUUGUGCUUAGCGGCGUUCAACACGCCAUUAAGCGCAAUGCGCCAUUCGUCCGCGAGGAAAAACUGGGCGACGGCUCAUAUCUUUUCGUCGUGAAGAAUUUGGACUCCUACAACGUGGCAGCGCCUGAACUCAGCGUGACCAUCGAUAUUGUACCCCAUAAGGGGCAGCAGCAGCGACUGGAGAAGGUGAUUCCAUGCCAGUGUGGGUGGCGGCGCGCCAUUGGGGUCGUUACCUCCACGGAACUGCACGUGCUGAUUCGCUCCAAGGGUUUACUGCGGGACUCGCAUGUGGAUGUUGCUCUCUACCGUCUGGAGCCCAAGAGUGCAACCACCACUCAGGCCCCGCCGCCAGGUGCGAUGUCGGAUCAACGCAUCGCAAAGCUGCCUAAACUCACCGAUGAGGACUUGGCACUACUUUCCAUUCCAAAUGUUCCCACAGAAUCGUUAGCGCCCCUGCCGCACCAGGGUGCACAACCGAACGAAACAGGCAAUGCAAUGCAGGAACUUCAGUCGCUUAGGGUGCCGUAUUCUCAACCGAGAACACAGUUGGCAGCGAUGGUUCCGGAGCCCAUUGAGGUGAACCCCGCCAACAUGAGUUGUGCAGAACGUAUGCAACGGCUGAGAAACACACUGAGUGCGUGGCCCAAUUCAAACGUCCUGGCAGUGCCACUGGACAGGGAACAACAAUGUGUUUUACAGGCCGUUUUUGCAUUGCCGUUCCCUAGCGAUCUCGCCAGCGAUUGA